AUGUCGACUUUUGCGAGGCGACGAAUUGUGCAGGAUAUCUCCCGCAUCACUCGUGACCCUCCCCACGGAGUGAAGGCCUCCCCCUUUUCGGACAACAUGAUGUAUUGUCAUGCAAUCAUCAACGGGCCAGAAGAUACCAUGUGGGAGACAGGCACCUUCCACUUGCUAAUCAAGUUUACAGAGGACUACCCGACCUCUCCCCCAAACGUCCGCUUCCUGACGCGAAUGUACCAUCCGAACAUUUAUUCAGAUGGAAAGAUAUGUUUGGACAUAUUGCAGAACCAGUGGAGCGCAAUGUAUGACAUUGCAGCUGUGCUCACUUCAAUUCAAAGUCUGCUAAGCGACCCCAACCCUGACUCUCCAGCCAACCCCCAGGCAGCGAAAAUGCUCGUCAACAACAAAGUUGAGUACGAUAGGCUUGUUCUGGAAUGCGUCGAAGACAGCUGGGCGAUUCCAAAUUUGCCGGAAGGCACGUUUGACGAUGAGUAG